GCAAAUUACAGUCCAAGUAAAAACAUCCUAAAUACAGAACAACUUAAACUAGACCAGACCAUAUCAGACUACACUGAACUGGUCCAAAUAAGAACAGGACAAAAGAUAAAAUUAGGGGAUUGGCCGAGUAUAGUCACACACAUAUAUAUAAAACAUCCUAAAAACAGAACUCGCCUCUUCCUGUUCUCGCCCAGCUCGCCAAGAACUUUGUCCGAGGUAUGUUACUUUUUUUUUGGAUUUCUUCUCCAUAUGUUUUUGUUGAUUUUCCUAUGCACCUAUAAACCUUAUUUCUGCACAUUACUUUUUUCUUCCAAUCGUAAUUAAUAUUUUGAUUAUUAUACAUAUUGUGUGGUUUAAGUUUGACGUUACACGUACCUAUUCUAAAAGAGCACUUCGUAUUUGCUGCUUAUUGAAUUGGUCAAGGGUUUCCUUGACAUAAAAGAGCACUUCUUGUUUGGUGCUUAUUAUAAUGUUCGGAUGCUUAUUAUAAUGUUUGCCUCUCCCAUAUUGAAACUUCUUCCAACCGAGAAUAUGGAGAUUUUUUGUGUGAGCAAUGUUGUUUUAUGAAUAACUUCCGAUCUCUUGUUCAAAUAGAAGAAAAUAUUUGUUCAAUUUUUCGUGUUAACGCGGAUUGGACCUCAUUGGUAAUUUUUAUAAUUAUUUCGUAUCACGCUAGUACUGGACCUCAUUUAUGAUUGAAGAAAGCUAGUUAAUAUAAUUGUUGCGUAAGUUUUAUAUUUUUGAAGUCUGCAAAUUUAAUUCAUAUAAAAGUCUAUGGAUUUAUAGAAAUCCCUAUAAAUCAAUAGAAAUCCAUAGACUUUUUAAAAGUCAUUCACUUAAAAGUCAUUCACUUAAAAUCGGUGGACUUUUUUAAAAGUUCAUGGAUUAAAAAAAGUCUAUCACAAUCCAUAUACAAUACACCCCCCUUAUUUUUUGAAUAUUGCAAACCUUAUAUAGUGUCGUGCUUUUUCCCUGAAUAUGACAUUUGUAUUCAAUCUAUCUUAAUUUCGAUAUGAUUUGUCAUAGUACGUGGGUACGUGGAUUUAAAAUCAUCCAACCUUGUAUAUUAACUUUGUAUUUAAUAUUUCUAAAAAAAUUGUAGGGUAUUUAAUAUUUUGUUGAAUUAUUUGAAUUUAAUGUCGUAUUUAAUAUGAGGAAUUGUUAAUGUUUUACACAAAGUCAAAUAGUUUUUGACACCUUGGAAUGAAGUUAUAAUUAUGUAUUAUUUUACUAUCAAUUAUAGACAAUGUCAAAGAGGACACUUUGGAAUGACACCACCACAACUACAUUUUUGAAGAUUUGUGCUGAAGAAAAAGCAAAAGGAAAUACUAAAUAUGAUUGGAAUAAAAUUGUUAACAACCUUCAUGUACAAACGGGUACUCUUUUUGAUUGUAAGAAAGCGCGAAAUCACUUUAGUGAGUUGAAAGAUAAAUACAAAGCAUGGGUUGACCUUCAAAAUUGCACUGGCAUAAAUUUUGAUCCAGUUACGGGUGAAGUUCAAGUAGAAGAACGUUCAUUAGAUAGAUGGAAAGCAUAUCAACAGAAACAUAAGCGACAUGGAGCUACAGUUGCUAAGAAGCAGAUGCCAUAUCUUCAGUACCUAGAAGCUUUAUUCCAAGGACAAACUGCACAUGGUGUACGGGGUAGCUCACCUGCUAGCGCUAGGAUAACACCCAUUCUUAAUAGUAAUGUCGUGGUAGAAAAGACUCAGAACAUAAACACCGAAGAAUCUUUUGAUACCGGUAGUCCGGAUGAAAAUGAAAGUCAUGAUACAGUUUAUGGUGAACAAAGUGAUUCACCUAUUAUGGUAGAUCAAUCAUCCACAUCAACUAAGAAGCGAAAGGGAAAAAACAGCGUCGGUGAAAGCUUAGCACGAAAGCGAGGGGAAAUAGAUAGAUGUUUAGAAAUUGUGAAGCUUGCUUCAGUAAAAGAGCAAUCUGUGAUCGAAAAGGUGGCUAAACUUCUUGAUGAGAUGGAGGUUGACAAGAAAUACGGUGAUCAAUAUUAUGUGGAUGCAAUGACCUUCUUAAGUGAAGGUAAUAAGGGUGAGGUCUUUGUGACACUUUGAUCUGAAAAUCAGAGGUGGAUGUUUCUACAGAAAGGAGUUCCUUACGGCAAUCAAGAUUGAUAUAUGGCGUUUUGAACUUAAGAUUAUUUAUUUUCAGCAUGCUAAAGUUUUAUCUAUUCGUUUUGAACUUUUUAUAUGUUUGUUUGAACUAAAAUUAUGUGGAUUGUUAUCUUUUACAAACAUAUCGUGUUAUCGUUGUUAUAACAUGUGUUUACCAUUUGUUUUAAUGUGCAUUGGAAUUCAUUAUUUUAUUUGUGUAGAAUGAAUGUUGAAGUUAGACAGUCAUGUCUAAUUAUUGCAUUAGAAGAGCUCAGAUCAUUACUAGAAGAUGAUGAACAAAAGAAGACUAGGAUACCAAUGAGAGUAGGUGGAGAAACGGGAGGUGAAUAUAUACAUAGAAUGUUGAAUGGUCAUCCUGGAUUGUGUAAAGAGCAAUUAAGGUUGACGAGAGAAAUGUUCAUUCAUGUGGCAGAGCAAAUUGGAAUUGGUCUCUAUAUAUUGGCCAAGGGAGCUUCUUACACAGAUGCAGCUGAUGUUUUUAAGCAUUCUUUGAGAACCAUAUGCAAAUAUUUCAAUCUAGUAUUGCAUGCCUUGGUUGAGUUAUCUUUUGACAUAAUUCAACCACAUCACAAUUUGUUGGACGUCCACACCAUAGUUUUCAACAGUUCCUUCUAUUGGCCGUAUUUCAAGGAUUCAGUUGGAGCAUUAGAUGGUACUCACAUAGAAGCAGUUAUAUCAGAUGCAAAGGGGGUGCCAUUUCGAGGACGCAAAGGAGUCAAAACCUGGAAUGUCUUAGCAUGUUGUUCAUUUGAUAAACUAUUCACGUUUGUCAAUAUUGGCUGGGAAGGAAGCGCUCACGACGUAAGAGUGUGGGUUGAUUCCUUAAUGCAAUCAAAAUAUCAUUUUCUUCACCCCCCACCAGGUAUAAAAUACAAAUAAAUUUAUUAUUAAAGGUUUUUGUAAAUAUAAAAUAGUAUCCUUUUAACAAAGUCAAUUGAAAAUGUAGGUAAAUAUUACUUAGUAGAUUCAGGAUAUCCAAACACACUUGGAUAUUUAGCUCCAUUUGAUGAUGCGGGAAUGAGGAAACGCGUGCUCGAAUUUCGUGACGGUGGUAAACCAAGAGGAGUAAUGGAACAUUUUAAUUAUCGCCACUCAUCACUGAGAACUACCAUUGAAAGAGCAUUUUCGCAUGUGAAGAAAAGAUGGAAGAUAUUUCACAAUAUGCCCAAAAUGAAAGAAGAGCAUCAACAAGCAAUUAUUUUCUCUACUUUUACACUUCAUAAUUUUAUCAGCAUGUGCAAAAUGGGAAUGCCAAUUUAUGAACAUGAUGGGAAUGGAGAAGGCAUGGUUGAUUCGGAUAUGUUCAACAAUGGACGAAAAGAAGCUAUGAACAAUGUUCGCGUGGAAAUUGUGAAACAAAUUUGGGAAGACGUUCAGAAACCCAGAGCAACGGAUGCAUGAUGAUAUUUACUAUUUUAUAGUACUUUUUUUGUUCUAAAAAGAUUUAUAGUUUACCCAUUAUUCAUACAAUUUUUUUACAAAUCAAGAUCAUCUAUAUUAUUCUGUCACUUGUAUGACUUAAAAUACGAACAGAUUAAACC